CUCAUCGCAGCGCAGUAGUGAAAUGAUAACGCUACGAUUGUCGUUCUACUUGUGAUUCCUUUUCUUUUCGUUAUUUCUAUGAGCAAGAAUGAUCAAAAUAAGUGGGAACACUGUGAUACCCUUUGUCACGUGGGCGCAUACUCCGCCUGACCAUCAAAUAUCUUCGAUUUUAUUGUCUGAAGAUGGGGAAAGUGUCGCCACUGGAUCAGCAGAUGGGCAUAUUAUUCUAUGGAGCCUAGGAAAUUCCUGCUUAUGUGCUCCAAGGUGGAUGCUAACUGGACACAAGUCCUUGGUUUCCAAUCUGUGCAUUGCAGGGACGUCACCCAUGACCAAAAAUCAGUUUUUCUUUAGCUAUUCUAUCAAUGGCGAAAUGGCUGUUUGGGAUUGGAAUGACGGCAAAUGCUUAGAAUUCAAAAUGGACACACGUUAUCGCCAUACAUAUAUCAAAUCACAUCAAACAUGUUACCUUGACUAUCGUCUACUGUUUUGUUGUGGUCAAUAUGCACAUAUUGUUGUAUUACAUGCUACCUCACUGGCUGUUCUAUUCACUUUGGCUUCAAAUUCACAACCAGAUUGGAUAUCUUCAUUUGUUGUUGUCACACAUCCAAAUCAACGAAACGAAAUUGUUUUAGGUCUUUCAUACUCCAAUCUAGCUAUAUUAUGGACGCUGGACGGUGAAGAAACACAAGGUGAAGCAAAAUAUGAACACGAAUCACGAUCUAUCAAUUCUCCAUCUACCAUAAUACAAGUUGAUUGUUGUCCACAAACACCACGAUGUAUAUUAUUAGUUUGUUCCAAUGGAUGGCAACUUUUCGAUGCAAUGACUUGUUCCAUUAAUUGUACAGUAUCAAAUCCAACAAAUGAUGUAUUAGUUGGUGGGAGUUUCAUUCAAUCUAAUGUGAUAAGUGUCUAUGGCCAGUCGGGAUUUAUUUAUUUGUAUAGUUUGCCAAAAAGCCUUAUUAUCUAUUCAAGAGAUUGUAUUUGCACAGAUGUUCCGGUGCAUAUAGCCACUUUCUCUCCUUGUGAUGUUAACAACAGUGGCAAUAUUAUAACAAAAAUAGACAAAGGUGUAGUUGAUCAUCAUCAUGUAAAUUCAAUAAAUACUACCAUGAAUGUACAAAAGUUUGGUUGUUUCACUUCAGCAUUUAUUCAUCCCAAUGAUAAUAAUCAAUACUUAUUAGCCGGUACUACUCAUGGACAAUUAUUAGCUUGGUGUAUAAAACUAGAUUCAUUCGUAUUGAAUAUUGUCGAUCUACGAAAGAAACAAAUGUCAUUAAAUGAUUCAAUAGCGAAAAGUAUCCCUAUUACACCUCCAAUUAUGUGUAGUGAUCUACAUACUGUAUGGGAAAAACAAGCAUUACCUAAUGUAGCUAUGUUUUUGACAAGUUCUAUUACAGACUCAAAAUAUCAUUCAAAUAUAAUUAGUCCCAAUCAUUCAUUAUUAGAUGAUUCAUUGACAGCUUCCACGAUGACCAAUCAAAUAUUGUGUAGUGGUGAUAAUAAUAAUAACGGUAACGGUAAUCUAAGUGUAACUGUUUGUAUACAACUUAAUCAAAUGAUCACAUAUCAACAACGUGUUCAAGGUUCACCCCCUACAAUUCAUCCAUAUCGUUUAGCUUUUGGUUUAUCUAAUGGACGUAUUAUAAUUGUUCGUAUGGUUGAUUUUUUAAAGACAAUUUAUUGGCACUAUGAUCAUCAUGAUGACAGUUCAGAUGAUCAAUUUUCAAUGCAACAUCAUAAUCAAUUGCCCAAAUUUUGUUUAAAUGGUCAUAUUGGUCCUGUGACAAGUUUAUUACAUCCAGCUAGUUGUGAAAGACAAUUAUAUUCAUCAAAUCAUCACAAUAACAAUGGAGAUGCUAUAACUACUAUUAAUAAUAAUAUCAAUAGCACAAUUACAGAUUAUCAAUUCAGUCCAGAUUUUCUGUUGUCUGGUGGAAUGGAUUUCACAGUUCGUUUAUGGGAUUUAAAUUCAUGUUAUGAAUCUACCGAUAACAAUAUUGGUAGUAAUAGUAGUAGUAAAAAAUAUGUUGGCAAUAAUUAUAGUAACUCAUUAUGUCUAGCUGUAUAUCGGUGUCAUGCAUCACCUUGCAUUGGCCUAACAAUUGGUCCUCCUAUUUCAUCUGUAGUCAACAUGGUUGCUGGGAAUCCGAGACUUUCGACAACUAUUUGUUCAUUCGGUGCAGAUGGUUCAGUCUGGUUAAUUAAUUUAAAAGAAAAACGUCCCUUCCUUUACGCACGUAAUACAAGUAAUUUAUCUUCAUGUCCAGUUGUAGCUAUUGGUUGGAGACUAGCUGAAGAUCUUUUAUUUAUUAAUUAUUUAGAUGGUACAGUAACAGUAUGGGAUAUAACUAUGGGUUGUUUAGAACGUAUUGAAACAGAACAAUCAGCUAGAGAUCUUUUUGAACAAGCUCAAUUCAUUACUGAAGUUUAUCAUCCAUCAACAUUUUUAAGUUUUACAUUUUCCAGUUUACCGUCAAUAACCAUGUCAUCAUAUAAGUCUAGAUCAUUAGCUGGCGUACCAAAUCAAUAUUCAAUUUAUACAUCAUUAGCUAUACCAUUUUGUGGUGGUGUCAAUUCAACAUGUUCCUGUGGUACAAUUCAUCUUACUGCACCUAGUCGAUUAAAGUAUUCAACAGUUGAUGAUUUACAAAAAUUAUGUACUAAUAAUUUACCACCUGUACAAUUACAUUUAAUUGGAUCGACAACAGUAACAAAUAGUCAGGAUAAACUUGGUAUGAAUAAUAAAAAUCAAUUGAGAUGGAAUUCCGGUCCAGCUGCAUUUGUUUUUCAUUGGGAUAUUGAAUCACUUAUUGUUGAUAUUUUAUCACAAAAUUAUGGAGUUUCAAAUGAUAUUAAUGAAAUGAUUAACUAUAAUAGUUCAACAAUAACAACAGAAAAAACUCCAACCUCGUCAUCAUCACUCUAUCGUGAUGAUAUAUUCACAAUGGAUGUUACACUGGCAACUUUUCUACAAAUUAUCAUUUCGUUAAUUCAUCCAUGGGGUAUAGAUUUGUCAGUGGAUGAAAUUAUUGAAAAAUUAUGUCAUAACCAUCAAUCCAUCGAUAAGAAUAAAUUGAAAACCAUGUUGAAUAAUAGUCUACAACAAUUACGUACACAUGAGUCACCAAUAUGCAUUGGUCUAAUAUCCAAAUGUGGUUGUAUGAGUUUAAGUAUGCCUGGUUAUUGUACUAGAUCAGCUACUGUAUCAAAAUCUGGAUUUAUUCAACAAAUACCACGUCCAUAUUGUCUUUCUUCAAUUAUUUCAACAAAUUUAAUUCUAUCAGGAGUUAGUUUAACUGAAUUAAUGACAUCGUUAAAUUGGAAUUAUCUUCUACGUUUAUCGCAUGCAAUCUAUGGUGAUAAUGGGACAGAACUAUCAUUAUCAUCGUCAUCAAAAUGUUUAUCUGAUAGCAAUGUAAAUAUAUCAAUUUUGAGUAAUUGGCGCGCAAUUUGGUUACAGUUUGGUGCAUUUCUAUUAGAACAAUUUAUUGGUUUGAUUUUGUCUAAAAAUAAUAGUUCAAUUAAUAAUAGAAAAUUACAACCUAUCCCGUCACCAAUUGAAUUGAAUUUAUUUGCACGUAAAUGGCAAGAUCGUUGUUUACCAAUUCGUUAUGCUGCUCGAACAUUAUUACUUUCAUGCUUAGAUCAAUUAUCAUUAGAUGAUCGAAAAUUGUUAGUCACUUAUUGGUCGGCUUUACUUCCACCAUUCGCUCUUACUAAUCAAAGACAACAAUCUCAACGUCAAAUAAUUCAUCAACAAAAUUCACUGGAUUCCGCGAAUCGUGUUAGUUAUCAGCUUAUAGAUAUUUUAGCUAAUAAUAAUCAUACAGAAGGAAAAAUUGUACGUAAGCAAAGUUUGCCAUCAAUGAAUGGUUUAGACAAAAAUAACAUAUCCAACGAGUUAAGGAAUUUAUUUAAUAAAGAUGCAUUUGUACAGUUGAAUAGUACUACUAUGAUUUCUACUACUACAAAUGAUAUUGUUGAUGAUGAAGUCAAUCAACAAUUAAUAUCAGAUAAACAACAAGGUACACCAACUAAACAACAAUUCUCAACAGAUUCAUUACCAAAUCUAACUGAAUCUGUCAGUUUGUCUAGUUUAACAUCAAAUCUUAAUAUGUCUAUGGUAUUGGAUAGUUCAUGGUGGAUGACAUUAAACGGUUAUCGCAUAUCACCUAGAGAACAUGCACGUCUUCAGGCCUAUCUUUUACAGAGAGAUAUACAGAGGUGUCAGGCUAUAGCUAUUAUACUAAUGGGUAUAAUUGGUGUACGUUUUGGUUCAUCCACUAAACGACGUCAUCCAGCUGUUGUUGUACGUGACUUGAUCACUCAACCAUUAGUUAUGACUAAGAAUCGAACAUACGAAGUAAUGAAUUAUUGUAAUUGCGGUUUGGCAUCGCCAUGUUUCGUUGCACCUGAUAAUGAUGAUGACGAUGAUAAAGAAAAGUUAGAAAUGACAAAAAUAGUGGUAAUGCAAGUUCCGUUAAAUCGAUCAGAAGGAGUUCCAUUAUCUGUGCAAAAAUUCUCACAAUACACAAGUAAUCAAUCAUCUGAGAUACAAGAUGGUUUCGGAUUGGAUAAUCAUUAUCUUGCUAGAUCCACUUAUCAGUGUUUAUCAGCUUUAUUGUUUAAUGGAGGCUAUCCAGUUUUAUUGCCUACUGACACUUAUAAUCCUGAAAUUGAUUGGAACAAAUUCCAUGAGCAAAUUGUUGGCAGUCAUUCCGAAGUAUUACCUGUAUAUGCAGCCAAUGCCUUGAUUACAUUGUUAACAUCUAAUAUGAAUAGUACAUUGAGACGAGCUGCAAUUGAUUUAUUAGGUCGUGGUUUUCCUGUCUGGGAACCGUUUGUUGAUGUUGGGCAUGUGAUCAAUGUUUUACUCUUGUUAGCUGCUGAUGCUGAAAUGUUGUUAUCAAGUAAUAAUUCCUAUCAACUUAUCUCAGAUCGUGUUGAUUUAGCACGUACAGCACGUGAAGCUUUGUGGGCUAUAGGGUUUGCACGACCGAAAUUGAUUACUCUGGUAUUAUCACUUGAAGUUCGACGAUUUGGCACUCAAAUUAAUGCAGCUGCUUCAGCAUUAACAUCUAACUCUGGUCGAUCAUCAAUUCCAGCAUCAUCUCCGUUGAAUUCUAACCAUAUUCAAUCAUCAUGGAGUUUAACAAAAUCACUUUCAAAAGAUUCUGAUAAUCAUCUAGUCACUGUGUCACGUCGUGAUUCAAUAACUGUUGGAAAUGAAUUUCAGUCUUCAACUACUUCAUCGAACAUGGUAGUUAUGAUGACUAAUCCAAUUGUAGCUACACCUGUCUUCAGCUCUAAUGCUGGUGUUAGUGGUAGUAAUACUGGAACAAAUUCUAAUAGAUCUGCUGCCACUGGAUAUGGAGGUACAGAAUCUUCGGUGCUGCAUAAUCAACUAUAUCCACCAAUGUUUAAAGCUCGUGAAGAAGUAUUACGUUUAUUUGAACAACUUUGUAUUAGACGACCAAAUGAUAUUAAAGAUGUAUUACCGGAAGUUGUUGAAGUGAUCUUAGCUUGUUCUGAUCGUACACGUUUAAAAGAACGUGGACUAGAUUAUAUAUUUCCUGCGCUAACACCUUUCCACGCCUAUUCAAGUCAUACACGUUUACAGAAAGCGUGUACAGGUGGUGUUAAUGGUUCUUUAACAUUUUAUGAUUUUAAAAUUGGACGAUACUUUGUAACAAUGGGGCAUAAAGGUCCUGUCACUGCUAUUUGUUUUAAUUCUGAUGGCCGACAAGUAGCAACUUAUUCAUUGGCUGAAAGUACACUACGUAUAUGGCAGCUACAUACGACUGGAUUUUUUGGUAUGGGUGGACAACAAGUUAAACCAUUAUCUAUUCAUCCUGUCCCACCAUUGAUUCCUCCUCCGUCUUCUACACCAAAAUUAUCUUCUACUUCAGCAUUAUCGCAUAAUGAAUUUGUUAAUAAUAAUGACAUGAAUAAAAAUCAACAUCCACUUCCAGAUCGUUUAGAAGUAUGGAUUGAUUGGCCAGAAUCUCGUGUUUUGCAUUUGGUUACAAAUAUUGGUAUUAGACGACGUGUUGCAUUAUGAAUUUUUCUAAUUAUAAGGAAUAAACAAAUAUUUGUCUAUUUAUCUGUUUAUCUAUUUCAUUUAUUUGUUCAUGCUUCUUCUUUCAUUUCUGGCUCUUUUGUUGUUUAUCACUAUCAUUGUGUUAUCAUAUUAUGGUUUGUUAUUGUUGUUAUUAAUAAUUAUAACAAUCAAGCAUUACAUUUAAUGCCAGAAAACUACUUUUGAAAGGAAAAGCAAAUUGAUAAAUCAGAGAAUCUGAUACAUUCGCACACACGCAUACAUACAAACACACAAUACUUCUGCAUUCCUUGUAAUCAGUAUAAAACUGCGAAUUAAAAAUAGAGAGAUAAUAUAUCCUGUUGAUUUUCUGUUAUUAUGAUUAUUAUAAUUGUUAUUGUAGAUUACACAAAUUAUAAUUUCAAAUUAUACAUUCCUCUUAUUCAUUAUUAUUAUUAUUGUUAUUGUUAGUAUUAUUAUUAUUAUCACAAUCAUCACUAAUUUAUACACAUAUAUUCAUGUAGAGUAACCAAAUGUAGGUGAUGUACAAUUAUCUGAAUUAUGAAUGAUUCAUUAUGUUGAACAGGAAAAAAAUGUUUGUUAAUUUGUUCCAUUAUCUUUUACCUGUAAUUAUUUGUCUCUUCUUUCUUGAUAGGCGUUAAUUCUCACAUUUUACCGAAUCACCAAAUUAACGACCUACCCCCCACACAAUUUUUUAUCAUUUAUUUUGCAUAGUACUCACAAAAUUGUUAGUAGUUUGUCUUGAAAAUAAUAAGUUAACAGUGAGAUUACUGCAUAGUAUUUACUUAUUGACACACUUCUAUGUUUGAUUAGUGUGUUUAGCUAAAUCUUCGUUUCUCUUUUUUUCCUUAGUUUAUAAAAUUACUUUAUUUAUCUUGUUUUUCUCAUCACUAGCUUGUUGUAUCUACCAGAAAAGAGAAGUCAUAAUGGUGGUGGCAGUAUCAACGAUAGGAAUGGUGUUAUUAGAUGUUAACUCGUUUUUUUUAGUUUGAGUUGAACUUUUCUGUGAUUGCUAAUCCUAUUUUCAUUAUUCAAGUCACAUCAGUAAAUGUGCAGUAAUAGCAGGUCUGUGAUUAAUUCACCUUCACUAUUUAUGAUACUUGAAUUGUUGUUUUUUUCUUUCUUUUCGAUGGACUUUUGUAGUCAAAUGUAUACAUGGCUUUGUUUGGUGUGUGUAUACGUUUAAGCCUUUUUUGUACUUAUCUCUCCUUUUCUCAUUCUGUUUGACUUCAUUGCCAUUCCUUGUUCUUACUUAUUAUUAGAAUUGUAUACAAAAUGAAAGAAACAUUUGUAUUUAUCCUAUGUCUUCUCUGUAUCUUUUCUUUCACAUGUUUAUUCACAUUUACUAACCUUUUUUUAUGUUUAUGACAAUAGAAAGAUUAACUAGUUGUUUUAUUCCUCUUUUUUGAGUUUGUUCUUGUUAUACUUCAUUUCUGAUUCCCUCUGCCUUUUUCUCCCGAUUGACUUAAUUGUGGUUUUGAGUAAUUCAGGAAAAUAUCUUUUAUAUAUAUA